AUGCAUGCAAAUAUCAGAAGUUUAGUUAACAAAACAGAAGAUCUAACUGAUUUAUUGAACAGUUUUUCUUUUAAAUUUAAUUUAGUUGGGAUAACUGAAAGCUGGCUGAAUGAAGUUAGCAAGAAUCUCAUCAAUAUCUGUGGAUAUGACUACGUUGGUAGAAAUCGUACAGGUCGACACGGUGGUGGAGUGGGAUUUUACGUAGAUUGCAACUGUGUGUAUAAAGUUAAAGACGACUUGAAUAACCUGGGUAAUGUGGACUUUGAAACAUUUUCAAUUGAAGUCUGUAAUAAAAAUUCACGCAACAAAAAUAAAAAUAUGGUGAUAAUAGUAUCUUAUCGCCCUCCUUCACAAGACCCAAAAAUCUACUUGAACCAGUUGGAAAAAAUCCUUCAUGCAGUAAAUAAUGAAAAUAAAUAUAUUUGUUUAAUGGGAGAUUUCAACAUUGAUAUCUCAAAUUUAAAUAGAGAUGUGAACAAAACAAACUUGAUCCAUCUUAUGACUUGUUACAAUCUUGCACCAUUAAUCACUACACCAACCAGAAGUUGCAUCAAUAAAAGGUCGGUCAUUGAUAAUAUCUUCGUAAAUUUUUCUCAAUUUGUGAAGCUAAGUGGAAGUUUGACAUGCGAUUUAUCAGAUCACCUACCAAUAUUAGCCUCAUUUAACAUCAAGAUGAAAAGAAACAUCAGUUGUUCUCAGCCUGAAAUGAAAUUCUCAUAUUCAAAAAACUUGAAUUGCUGUUUGCUAAACUAUGACUGGAAUGAAGUGCUUGAUUGCAAUGAUGUUGAUGCAGCAUUUGAAAAGUUUACAGGAUCUUUUCAGUCAUGUCUUUUUAAUUCCUGCUUAAUAUCUUCAGAAAAAAAGAAAAGAAUGUUAUCAAAACAAAAACCAUGGAUUACAAAAGAUAUUAAAAAGCUAAUAAAAAAUAAAAAUAAGUUGUUCAAAGUCUAUUUAAAGAAUCCAUCUCAAUUCAGAUAUGAAAAAUUUAGAGAAGUGUGCAAGUUAUGUAAUACCAUGAAAAAUAAAUCAAAAAGACAGUACUACAACGAAUUAGUUGAGCGUCAUAAAACUGAUAUUAAAAAAACAUGGUGCAUCAUAAAUGAAGUAAUAAAUAAACGUGUAAAUAGAUUAAAAAAUAUUAAAAUAACAAUGAAUGAUGAAAUAGUUGAAAAUCCUGAAAAUCAACUCAACCAAAACUUCAUCGACACAGCAAUCAACCUGUCCAAAUCAUUUCAACACAACAAUAACUGGAAGUCAUAUCUACGCAACAAAAUUUCAAACUCAUUUUUUUGUUUAUAUGCCUCCAAAAACGAGAUCAUUUCAACAACUCAGUCGUUAACUCCAAAGUCUUCAAGUAGUUGGGACAAUAUACCCGCAAAAGUCGUAAUUUCAACAAUUCAUUCCACAGUGAUGGUUCUUGAGUAUCUAAUCAACCUGUCAUUUGCCGCCGGGAAAUUUCCCAAGAUCAGUAAAUAUUACACAGCCAUUUUUGUUUUCAAGCAACUGUCCAUAAAGCUUCCUCCAACGUUUGACGAAUAUUUCAAAGCAGUCAACAACCCUAGACGUGUCAAUUAUCUGAUGAGCAACAAGUCGCGAACAAAUCUGUUGCAUUCUCAUGUUGUCUGUAGAGGGCCAAGGAUUUGGAAUGACAUUUUACAAAAUGAUUUUUCUUUCAACGGAACAUCACUUACUAUGUUCAAAAAGAAUUAA